UGUUUGAAAGCUUUCUGUUGUUGUUUCCCUCUCUGAAAGGAGCCAACUGACUCCUGCUCAAAGCAAAAUACCUUUUUCGUCGACUUCAAUCAAAACAAAACUCAUUGGAAUUAUUGAACGCUUAUUCAAGAGGACCAUGGCUUUGCCGACGUUUGCAACUUACAGCCAAAUGGUGAGGAGACGGGAGCAUGAGGCCCGACUGCGGCAGCAAUGGGAAAACCACUCCAAGUAUUACCACGAUCAGAUCGCUCGCACCGCGAAACAGGUCCACUGGAGCUCUCGCCAGUCCUACGAACAGAGCAUGAGUGCAUACCACCGUCGGCGCGUGGAGGAGGAGAAGCGCCAGCGCCUGGAGGCGAGGAGGGGCCGUCUGCGGGCCUUGCUGCAGGAGGAGAGGGACACGCUGGAGGCAGAGCUGAAGCAGAUCCCCAAGAGGAGCACGCUCACCCAGGAGCUGGUGGAGCAGACCGAGAGCCUGCGCUCAGCCAAGGAGGAGCGGAGGAAAAAGCUGGCUCAGGAGUUGCUACGAGAACACUGGAAGACAAACAACCCUGAACUACGAAAGGUGGAGUCAGAGCUGCAUAAAGAACAUGUGGUUGGCCAGUGGCAGGUACAGCAAGAAGAGAAGAAGCAGUGUGAGGAGAAGGCCCAAGAGGAAAAGAAGCGUUUUGAAAACGAGUACGAGCGAGCCCGCAGAGAGGCGAUGGAGAGGAUAAAGGCGGCAGAGGAGAAGAGGAAAGAGGAGGACAGGAGGAGGGCGGAGGAGCUCCGAGAGCAGAUGGAGGAGCUGAAACUCAGAGAGGAGGAGGCAAAGCGUCUGAAGAAGGAGGAGGAGUCCCUAUUGGCCCAGACCUGGGAGGUGGAGAGACUGGAGGAGGAGAGGAGGAGGGCAGAGGAGGAGCGCAGGAAAGCCAAUCUGGGGCGGUUCCUGACGCGUCAGUACCGGAUGCAGCUGAAGAGGAAAGCACAGGAGGUGCAGGAAGAGCUGGAGUCUGACCGGCGCAUCAUGGCGGCGCUGGUGGCGGCGGAGCAGCAGGACCGGUCGCUGGAGAGCGCGCGGCGGCAGAGGGCGGUGGCCGACGCCGCCUGGAUGAAGCAGAUCCUGGAGGAGCAGCUGCAGCUGGAGAGGCAGCGCGAGGAGGAGUUUGAACUGCUCUACAGUGAGGAGGCCAAGCGUAUGUGGGAGAAGAGAGAGGCGGAGUGGGACAGAGAGAAGAGAGCCAGAGAGAAGCUCAUGAAGGAGGUCCUGGCGGAGCGGCAGGAGCAGCUAGAGGUGAAGAUGCUGGAGAACCGGGAGGCGCAGGAGGAGGUGGUGAGGAGGCGCGAGGAGCUGAUGGAACAGCUGGAGGAGGAGCGCCUCAGCCGGCAGCAGGAGAAGGAGGAGAAGGCGGGGCACAGGACCACGCGCAUGCAGGAGAUCAACGCUCAGGUGGAGGAGCGCCGUCGUGAGCAGUGGGAGGAGGAGAGGAGGCGCGAGCAGGAGGAGGCGGAGGCGCUGGAAGCACUCCGACUGGAGGAGGAGCAGCUGCAUUUGGAGACAGCGAGGCUGGCCCAGCAGGGCUACCAGGACAGGAUAAGAGGGCGACCACGCACUGCCUGGACCUGAGAGCAAGCAAGCCAGUCAAAGGAGAUGAAACUUGUGGGAUCACGCUGACUGAAUACUCAAUGAAUGUAAACAUGAUGCAAAUGAGUUCUGCUUGGUACACACUAAAUGGACUGUAAUUGCAGUUGCAAUAGCGUUUAAUAUAUGUAUUUGUUUUCUAAACAUUUUUUAAAUGUUUGUUUCCAAGAUUGUGGUUUGAUGGAGUUUGGUCAGAAGCUGGACAGUUCUGUUGGCAUAUUUGUACAUGUAUUUAGCCUUUUCUAUUUAGCCAUACACAAUUUAUUAAUGUUUUUUAAAAACAGAUUCUGUUUUAACGUUGGUUUUCUCAUCUUUUUGUACAAUCACUGUACAGAUAAAUCUUUCCACAUUAAUUUCUACGAAGGACACUUUGUUGCUUUCUGAAAGAGAAAACAAACAUUUUUGGUUUUGUUUUUAUGGUGGUUUUAUCAGAUUUGUACAAUCAACAGAAGGAUUUUAUAAUUGUUUCUUUUUUUAUAGUAAAUGAUUUCAAUACAA